AUGGUUCGCAUUCCAAACGCAGUUCGACAUCUACCGCAGAGGCUUCCGAUAGCGACACUAAACACUCCGGGAUCCAAAAGGGUUUCGAGGCCCGGUGUUUUCGAUUCGGCGACAAACCUUGGAGAACGAGGCACUCUGGUGCGCCCGGCACUGAAGUUGAGUGACGUUUUCUCUCAGCAACGAAGUCUCUACUCAGACUCCGAGGAUACCGGCCACGUACCCUUCACAAAUUGGCCCGAGGAGAUUGUUUUCAACCCCUAUCCACCUCCAGGCUAUGUGUUCACGCCGUACACAAAUCCACGUGGAGAGAAGAUUGUGCUUAGCCCGUGCCACCCACCGCCAGGCUAUGUAUUCGUGCCCUCUGGUAACCACUUCGUUACUCGGACCUGUCGCAAGCUCGCACAGAAUUUAUAUGUUGUCUGUCGGCCUCAAACUUGGAAAGGAAGUCCUAUGCAAAUAGGCCUCUAUGUUCCGGGUGGUGUUUUCCAGCAAGCUGCAUCUGCAUUCAUGGCAAAAAGAGCAAGGAUGGAAGAACGAUUGUGGCAGGAUCUUGACAAGAGUUACCCUACGAUUCCCCCUGAUGAUAAGAAUAAGAUUCACAGCUAUGUUGUUUCACAAUUUCCUACCCAAGCCGGAGGAUGGUUUCCGGUCGACAACGGUACUACAGUCUUUGUUUAUGUCCGCGAUCAGUACACACAGUUCAAGUCUCUUGAUCUUUCUAGAAAAGGUCGAGAUACUGAAGCCAUCGCUCAGGCGCAUCGGAGAGCUCGAGAGAUUCUAGCCUCCUGGCGUGCUGAGGACUCGGGAGAGGAAGAAUCGAGCAAGAACAAGGGAGAAGGUUCAGGACCAUGA